GGCUUUUUAGGUGGUUUGAUCUAAUCAGACACUCAUUCUUUUCCUUUCCUAGGUUUUCAAACAUGCAUCCUGCCUUCUUCCUGGCUACCCUUUGCCUGGGAAUAGCGUCAGCUGCUCCACAAGUCAAUCAGAGCUUAGAUGAACAAUGGUCCCAGUGGAAGGCAACACACGGGAAACUAUAUAGCAUGGAUGAAGAAGGACAGAAGAGAGCAGUGUGGGAGAGGAAUAUGCAAAUGAUUGAACAGCACAAUCAGGAACACAGCCAAGGGAAACACAGCUUCACAAUGGCAAUGAAUGGUUUUGGUGACAUGACCAGUGAAGAAUUCAAGCAGGUGUUGAAUGACCUUAAAAUCCAGAAACACAAAAAGGGGAAAGUGUUCCAAGCACCUCUCUUUGCUGAGAUCCCUUCAUCUGUAGACUGGAGAGAGAAAGGCUAUGUAACUCCCGUGAAGAAUCAGGGUGACUGUCAUUCUUGUUGGGCUUUUAGUGCAACUGGUGCCCUUGAAGGACAGAUGUUCCGGAAAACUGGCAAACUUGUUUCACUGAGUGAGCAGAACCUGGUGGACUGCUCUUGGACUCAUGGCAAUAAGGGCUGCCAUGGUGGCCUAAUGGAUAAAGCCUUCCAGUAUGUUAAGGACAAUGGGGGACUGGACUCAGAGGAAUCCUAUCCAUAUCAUGCACGGAACAAAUCCUGCAAAUACAAGCCUGAGAAUUCUGUUGCCAACGUGACUGCCUUCUGGAGUGUCAUAAACAAGGAGGAUGGCCUAAUGACCACAGUGGCAACUGUGGGGCCUGUCUCUGCUGCUGUAGAUGCAAGCCUGAAUUCCUUCCAGUUCUAUAAAAAAGGCAUUUAUUAUAAUCCAAAGUGCAGCAAUAAACGCCUGAAUCACGGUGUUCUGGUGGUUGGCUAUGGCUUUGAAGGAGAAGAAUCGGAUAACAAAAAAUACUGGAUUCUCAAGAACAGCUGGGGUGCAAAUUGGGGCAAACACGGCUACAUACUCAUGGCCAAGGACCGGGACAACCACUGUGGAAUCGCCACCAUGGCCAGCUUUCCUAUCGUGUGA